AAAAGUGACUUGCCAUCCACAGCUAAACCAACCCCACUUUCUUAUUCUCUCUAUUGGUUUCUCGUUUCUUAUGCUCCUAUAUAUCUUCUUCUCGACUUCUCUCUGGUGUAUUUUGAUGAUAAAGAAUUUAAAGCUCAGGGUGCCAGCAGCAACUCUUGUUGGCCUUCGAUAAUGGAUGGACCUGGGGCUGCGAACUCGUAUGAUGAUGCUAAAAAUAGUUCAACUUGUGCUAGAGGUCACUGGAGACCAGCUGAGGAUGAGAAACUCAGGCAACUUGUUGAGCAAUAUGGCGCACAGAACUGGAAUUCUAUUGCUGACAAGCUUCAAGGAAGAUCAGGGAAGAGUUGCAGAUUGAGGUGGUUUAAUCAACUCGACCCUAGAAUCAACAGGAGACCAUUCACAGAAGAAGAAGAGGAGAGAUUACUGGCAGCUCAUCGUAUUCAUGGAAACAAAUGGGCUCUGAUAGCCAGACUAUUUCCAGGUCGAACUGAUAAUGCUGUGAAGAACCACUGGCAUGUAAUAACAGCAAGAAAACAAAGGGAACAAUCCAAACUAAGUGGAAAGAGAAGUUAUCAAGAAGGCUCAAGUGACUCCAACACUACCACCCCUAAUUAUUUUCAUCCAAGAAAAUUAAGGUCUCAAGACCUGUUGAGCUCAGGAAUUGGAUUUGAAAAUAGAACUAGAGUCUUGGAAUUUCGAAACCCCAGUGCAGAUAGGAUAUUCUCAGUCGUCUCUUCCUCUAAUACUUCUUCACCUUCCUGGACGUUUGACCCAUCAUACAAUUCGCCUUCAGUAGUUGAUCAUUUAUCAUCCAGAAAAUUAGAAGGAAGAGAUUACUUCAAUAAUUCUAGUUUUUACAAUACCAAGAACUCCUCAAUUUUAGAUCAACAAUCUAUUUAUGGAUGCUACCCAAAUUCUUCCAUGCAUCGGAGUUCCACUGUUUGGGGGCUUCCAAACUACAGAAGGGUUGUUCCAAAUCCGUUUGGGCACCUAAAACUUGGAGAUGAGCAUGAAAACCAUGGAAUGAUCAAGAAAGAGUUGGCCAAUUUUUGCUAUAACUCAUCCACAUUGAAGAAUAAUAAGAAAGUGAGUAACCAGGCAGAACAAGGAGAUCAAGAAUCUAUGAUCAGACACAAGGAGGUUCAAUUCAUAGAUUUUCUUGGUGUGGGUAUAUCUUCUUGAUCAACAAAAAAAGACGCUUUCUUUUAUUUAAAAUUAUAUAUUUCUCAUAUAAAUGGUAGUUUUAGCUUCACUAUUUCAUCUUCUUGUGAAAAAUGUUGAUGGCAUGCAAAUGAAGUAGAAGUAGUUCAGCUGUCAUAUUAAUUCCUCGAAAUUCUUUUUUUUUAUAUGUCAUAUUUAUAUAUUCUCUGAAUCAGAAAUAUGAUUUAGACAGUUCUGCGAGUUUCAAGAGACAUCCUUGUAUAUUCUCUAGGUUUUCCUUGUGUGGAUCAUUUAAAGCUUUAGCUACCUUUCUUUCA